AACUUCCAGAAGUUUCACCACGUCAUCUGUCUUCUCCCUUCUCCCAAACGCGACCGUCGGCGGAGCGAAGAGGCGAUGGCAGCCGAGACCCACUUUGCCCUAGCGAGAACAGCUGCCUCCGCCGCGGUCUUCCGCGUCCCGUCAUCCCUUCACAAUGCGUCCCUCUUCCAUUGCCGCUCCCUCGUCUCCCCUCCUCGGACCGCCCUCGGCGCCUCCGCAGUCGCGAUCUACCAGGCGGGAGGGCCAUCGGGGCGACGCAGAUCCUUUACCGUCCGAUCCAUGUCCUCUUCCUCCUCGUCGUCCUCGUCCUUCGGAUCGCGGCUGGAGGAAUCGAUCAAGAAGACCAUAACCGAACACCCUGUCGUCGUCUACUCCAAGACCUGGUGCUCGUAUUCGAUGGAGGUGAAGGCGUUAUUCAAGCGGAUUGGUGUGGAGCCAUUUGUUAUUGAACUCGAUCAACUUGGUCCUCAAGGGCCACAAAUACAGAAAGCAUUGGAGAGAGCGACAGGGCAAUUUACUGUUCCUAACGUAUUCAUCGGAGGCAAACAUAUUGGUGGCUGUACAGAUACCGUGAAACUUCAUCAGAAAGGGGAGCUAACUACUCUGCUGUCCGAACUAAACGCUAGCACAGAAAAUUAGCUGUGCAAUUUUUGCAUCUUUAUAUAUGUGAGGUACGUUGCACCAAUUGGUUGAUGUUUUUUUUUUGUCAAAUCGGAGACUGCUCCACGAUGUUGGGAUUUUUUGUUUGGUGGUUUGUUUUUUAAUUUAAUGUUUUUAACUGUUUAUUAAACUUUACUGGGUUUUGUACUUCUAAUUUACUGUAAGUCAAGGAUUAAAUUAUUAAGUUACCUUUCUAGAUUAAUUUCAGUUCCA